UUUGUUUUGCUCCUACAUUAUUAGUUUUUUUUAAGGGGAAAAAAAACUAGUUUUUCUUCAUUUCACAGUAAUGGAAGAUAAUCAAGGCCAAGACCCUAAUAGUCCAAGCAACCAUGCCACCGAAAGAAGCGAACCGGUGAGGUCACGGUGGACUCCAAAGCCAGAGCAAAUAUUGAUACUUGAGUCCAUCUUUAACAGUGGAAUGGUAAACCCACCAAAGGAUGAAACUGUGAGAAUAAGGAAACUUUUAGAAAAAUUUGGUUCUGUUGGUGAUGCAAAUGUCUUCUACUGGUUUCAAAACCGACGAUCAAGAUCUCGCCGCCGGCAACGCCAGAUGCAGGCUAGUCUGGUUGCAGGAGAGCAAACAAAUAAUCAACAGGCACAAGCUAGUGGUGGUGCAAUUCAAUAUAAAGGUUGUAACACUUCUAUUGGGUUUGCAAAUUCUCCUUCUUUUGUUCAAUCCCCGUCUUCUUAUCUUGUUGGUUCCUCCUCUUCUUAUGGAGUUGUUGAUGAAGAUCAUGGUGGAGAGAGUCUGUAUUCUUUCUCUAAUCAAAUGGCCUUUCAAGAAGUGGAGCAAACCUCUGGUGUAACUUCAAUUUUAUACCCAUCGGAGACUUCUAAUUUGCAUUACCAAACUGCUGGAUUCAUCACAGUUUUCAUCAACGGGAUUCCCACAGAAGUUCCAAGGGGGCCACUUGACAUGAAAGCAAUGUUUGGUCAAGAUGUAGUGUUGGUCCAUUCUUCUGGAGUGCCAGUACCCACUAAUGAAUUUGGGUUUCUAAUGCAGAGCUUGCAUCAUGGUGAAAGCUAUUUCCUGGUUUCAAGAUCAACUUAAAUCGGUAUUAAAGCUGCGUCAAGAAGUGGGAGCUUCCUCUACAUGUUGGUUUGCUAAGCGGAUGUAUUAGGAACAAUAUUUUACUAUGAUGGGCGAUUGGGAAGGAAAAAAAAAACGAGAGAGAGAAGAAACUAUUAGCAUUUGAUCAUCAUGUCUUUAUUUGCCUUCUUUUCACUUAUUUUUUUGUUUUGAACUUUUUUUCUGUUGUUUCACAGGAAGCUUCCAAAACUCAAUAUAACUACAGAAAACGUGUAGCAGAAAGACAUUUUGUCA